AAAGGAUCUGGAAUGCAGGAACUACGGAGCACUGGUCCUGGAGGUGAAAAUUCAACAGAUAAAGGACCUGAAGCACAGGAACUACAGAGCGCUGUUCCUGGAAGUCGAAAUUCAUCAGGUAAAGGACCUGGAGCGCAGGAACUACGGAGCGCUUGUCCUGGAGAUCAAAAUUCAACAGGUAAAGGAUCUGGAAUGCAGGAACUACGGAGCGUUGGUCUUGGAAGUCGAAAUUCACCAGGUAAAGGACCUGGAGCGCAGAACUACGGACCGCUGUUCCUGGAGAUCAAAAUUCAACAGGUAAAGGAUCUGGAAUGCAGGAACUACGGAGCACUGGUCCUGGAGGUGAAAAUUCAACAGAUAAAGGACCUGAAGCACAGGAACUACAGAGCGCUGUUCCUGGAAGUCGAAAUUCAUCAGGUAAAGGACCUGGAGCGCAGGAACUACGGAGCGCUUGUCCUGGAGAUCAAAAUUCAACAGGUAAAGGAUCUGGAAUGCAGGAACUACGGAGCACUGGUCCUGGAGGUGAAAAUUCACCAGAUAAAGGACCUGAAGCACAGGAACUACAGAGCGCUGUUCCUGGAAGUCGAAAUUCAUCAGGUAAAGGACCUGGAGCGCAGGAACUACGGAGCGCUUGUCCUGGAAGUCGAGUUUCACCAGGUAGCGGACCUGGAGCGCAGGAUCCAGAAGUGUCACUGUCUACUAACCAAUAUUGGAGCGCCACACGUCCAGCGGACAACUUGUGAAGCAUAA